AUGUUUUCUUUCUUUUGUUUAUAUUCUUUCUUUCAUUCGUUUGUCUAUAUUCAUACUUUCUUUCUUCUUUUCUUUCUUUUGUCUGUAUUCUUUCUUUCUUUCUUUUGUCUGUAUUCUUUCUUUCUUUCUUUCUUUCGUCUAUUAUUCUUUCUUUAUCUAUAUUCUUUCUUUCGUCUAUUAUUCUUUCUUUCUUUCUUUCGUCUAUUAUUCUUUCUUUCUUUCUUUCGUCUAUUAUUCUUUCUUUCUUUCUUUAGUCUAUUUUUCUUUCUUUCUUUCUUUCUUUCUUUAGUCUAUUUUUCUUUCUUUCUUUCUUUCUUUCUUUAUCUAUUUUUCUUUCUUUCUUUCUUUCUUUCUUUCUUUAGUCUAUUUUUCUUUCUUUCUUUCUUUCUUUCUUUAGUCUAUUUUUCUUUCUUUCUUUUCUUUCUUUUUUUAGUUCCAUUUUUCUUUUUUCUUUCUUUCUUUCUUUUUUUUUUCUUUCUUUUUUUCUUUAUUUAUUCUUUUUUUUCUUUCUUUCUUUCUUUUAGUUUUUUUUUCUUUCUUUCUUUUCUUUCUUUCUUUAGUCUAUUAUUCUUUUCUUUCUUUAGUCUUUUUUUUCUUUCUUUCUUUAGUCUAUUUUUCUUUCUUUCUUUCUUUAGUCUAUUUUUCUUUCUUUCUUUCUUUAGUCUAUUUUUCUUUCUUUCUUUAGUCUAUUUUUCUUUCUUUCUUUAUCCAUAUUCUUUCUUUCGUCUAUAUUCUUUCUUUCUUUCUUUUGUCUAUAAUAUUAUUCGGGCACUUCGACGUAUUAUCGCUAUAUUCUUUCGUCUGUCAAUAUUCCUUCUUUCUUUCCUUUUUAUUUGUCUAUAUUGUCUUUUGUUGUUACUUGUCUGUAUUCAUUCAUUAUUUCUUUCUUUCCCUUUUUAUUUGUCUCCUCUCUUUCUUUCGUUUGCCUAUAUACACUUUUUAGUCUUUUCUUCGUCUGUCUUUCUGCUCUUUAUUUUGUGUCUUUGA